CCGCAUACGUAAUGUUUCCUCUUGUCGCGAGAGAAGCGUAAAGCAUCACACUUGAAUUAAUAUCUGAUAUAACGAGAUGAAGUGCGAUGUGGCACACAUGCCUGGCAGUGGGCAAGCGCCAAUAACGUACAAGGCGAAACUUAGUGCCAGGUAACAUUCGGGUGGCACCGCUGCCAAAUGGAGUAUGCAGCGUGCCAUGUGCCGUAGCGCGUGUGUUUGUGUGAGGGACUUCACGAAGCACAGGAGCUGAGCUAGUGAAAUUACCAUUUCCGGUCUCGGCGAAGGAAAUUCAGUGGCGGAGCGAACGCGAUCGGUCGAGCAAGAAAAAAUAAGUCUCGUCCUCACGCUGACAUGAGGUUGUAAACUCUCGGUUGUGACAUGAAGUUGGGCUGUGAGGGCCGCCAGCUGACCUGGCAUUCCUCGGAAACAGCUGCAGCGCGGGGUUACCUCACUCGUGAUCUGCUUCGCAUUCUGGCUCACUUUAUUUUUGAAGUGUGGCUUUCUCUCGCUUACCGCUGCUGCAGGUGGAAAUCUAUUAGAGUGUGUGAUGACAUCUUCCGGAUAAAGUUCACGAGUUAUUCGUUCUGUUGAAGAGCUCGACCUACUUCUCUGGACUGACUUCGAGCAAGUGAUCUGCGGACAAAUGGAGGUCGUCUUGAAUCUACAUUUGGAGGGCUGAGGAGGAGAGGCGAAAGCCGAGGGAAAUUAAGAAAUUAAGGUUUUGCCGCAAAGCUUCGGGUGUCCACAAUGGCCUUUGUACUCCUGCCCUGUGACCUGCCCACUUGGCCCACCAUACAGCGUCACCUGGGGUCGCUGAAGGGGGCCACGGCGCCAGCUCAGGUCACGCAGGUCCUCCACGCGCUUCAUUCUCUGUGCAACGUCGCCAUCGAUCCGGACCUGAACGAACCUGUUCCUCCGGACGUCUUCGCGGGCGUCGAGAAGUUCCUUGACGUCGAGGUGGAGCAGGACUUCUUCAGCAAGACCCUUCCUAGCAUGCUGGAAGCUGCCCUUCGCCUCAAGGACCUGAAGCCUCCGCAGGGACUCAGAUAUUCACUGCAGCAGCAACACGAUGAAGUGACAAUGGAACGCGCCUUAGUGACAUCUCUCCUGGCGCAUGUCUUUUUCUGCACCCUGCCGAGGCGCUCGCUCAUCUCUCACCCAACGCUCUCUGAUCCCUGUCUCGCCCCUACGCUCUCGUCACUCAACAGAGAGAGCCAGCGAGUGAAACUGAAGGCACUCCUGCACUACUUCAGGAAACUGAGUGACACAACACCUGCAGGCACUCUCACUUUCUCCAGGAAGGUUAUGAGCAGCAAGGAAUUCGUGACCCUGAAGGACUGGAUGAAAUGCGAGGCCGCCCUUUGCCCCGUGGAAAUCCAGCACGAGGGACGCCUGGAGGACACCCACCCUCCUGCCUCUGUUGGCCUGCUUCACCUCGUCGGACGUGGCUCAGCCUGCACUCACCUCCUCCAAGUCACAGUAUGUGCAAUGCUAAGUUACCCGGAGAUGUUAGUGUCGUCGGUCUUCGUGGAGAGGCUGGAGGAUAACGAAGCCCUCCAGAUUGUGGGUACCUUGAAGACCGCCACCGUCUCCAACCUGAAGACUCGCCCCCACGUCACCUUCAGGAAUAACACGACCCCACCUGACCUGAUCCAUGCACUUAUGGAUGCAGAUGACUACCGCCAGUCAGAGGUCCUGCAGUACGAGGAGAUUAAUGUUCUCAGAGAGUUGAAUAAGGCGGUUCUUGCCUUUACGCAGCCUAUUCCCGACGCCCCUACGAGCUCCUUUUCAGACAUCAUUUCUGUGUCGAGACAACUUUCAGAGUGCAGUGGGUCUCCGCCGAGGACCUACCAAACUCCAAUAUCUUCUGGGUCGUCGUUGGACCAGAAUAAAGAAGACACGAGUUUGGAAGGAAAUAAAAUGAAACUACGAGAAAAAGAUAAAGGUCCUCCUCGUGAAAAAGCAAACCAGAAACGAGGAACAGCAGUGUCUAAAGAACUCGAAAGAACAAAACCCUUGAAAAUCGGGAAGGUGAAAAAGAAAGUGGAAAUAGUCGAGGACAACCAGGCUGUGAAAACGAAUACCUGUGAUAUCCCUGACAGUGAUAUAGUCAGGCCAUCCAAGCAUAACGUAGACCAUAAACUGAAAUCCCUCCUGGCCAAAGAGAAAUUCAGAAAGGAGAAAGAACAGGUGAAAAACGCCCCAGCAGAAGUCAAGAGGAGUGUGGCCGAGCAAGACGUUACGGGAAGCCCUCCUUCAGCUGGUUUCGUGACGGCUCCAACGACGCUAAAAAGACGUCACAGAAGAAAGAAGGAUGUCGGUUCUAAAGGCUGUGACGACGUGAUGCCUCAGGACAUGACCGCCCAGGCAGAAAGGGUGACUUUUGCAGGGGUGUGUUGUAGCAAACCGCUCACCGAAGAUCUGCCAAAUAACUGGGAAGAAUCAGAUGAAGAGGAAGAAGAAACUACGAGAUUACUGAACAGGGUGAUGCGCGCCAUUCAGCGGUUGGAGCAAGAACGGCCUGAUUUAGUCGAGGAAGUGAAGCAGGAUGCGCAACAGACCUUGGGUUCUAAGCCGCUUCCGAGGACAGUGGGCAGACCGCCGAUACCGGACGGACGGCCUCGGCCCCUCGGCGAAAGAGACAGAAGGGAGAAGAGCCAAGGAAGCGACGCCGCAGAUAGGGCUAAGCGGCGCGUGGGCGUUUCGGGCGACGGGAGAAAACUGUCUAUUUACGUCUCUUGCUCCGAGGACAAUCCGGCCGAGUCUCUCCCCGACGAGGACCAUUACUACAGCGCCUGCGAGAGUCUGGAGGGAGCGGAGGCAGCUCCGAGGUCAAGACGACCGUCCAAGAAACGAGGGAAGAAAGAGAGAAGAAAAUCGUCUUUUGCCGAGAGACUGAAGGAGGCUUUGGAGAGAGAGCCAAGUUUGGACUCGUGUCAGACUCAAGAAAAUAUUCCAAACGAGGAAGAUGACCCGCUGAUGACAAUAUCAAGACAGGAAUCUGCAGGAUUUGUCCUCGACGCUAGCCCUCGCCGUCGACUCCUUCGGAAGACAGAGAAAGAGGAGGAAAAAUGCGGCUCUGACAUCUCCGAGGAAGAUUUCGAUGAUCAAGAAGAGGAAGAGGUUCAGGGCAAAGGACACGAGGGAUCGGAUUCUUCUCAUUACUCCUUCAGUUCGGAUUACACGUCCGAAUUGGAGGAUGUUUAUGAAAAGCUAGGGGAAGUACUGGAGGAGUUUGAAGGGGGAAACCUUGGCCCUCGCACAGCAGCCAUCGCGCGAUUUGCUCAUGGGCUGCUCAAGCGCGCCCUUAGUGAAUCCUACAAAGACGUGACACUUGGGUUGGACGGGUCGGCUGUGAAGGACCCUGAGAGUGGUACAAGUGGUCCUUUACCUAUACGAUCCCUUAGCUUCUCCGAGCCUCGUCCUCCAGCGGGCAAGAGAGUUCGACCUCCGACGCUAAACACGCUGAAGAAUAACCUCGGAAAACCUAUUGUUACGGGGAACUGGGGUUGUGGCUCCCUUAGAGGCGAUCACCAACUGAAAGCUAUGAUUCAGUGGGCGGCUGCUAGCAAGGCCCGGGCACCCAAGAUGGUAUAUUACACAUAUGGUGACCAGAAUACUGUAAAGUUGGAUAUAGUCUGCCGGUUGUUAGGCGACAGAGGCUGGCGUGUUGGAGACCUGGUGUCCACGUUGCUCCGGUAUAGUGAAUCACGCCUCGAUUCUUGGAGACGAUCCAGGGAGACAGAACUUACGGAAUCUGCUGAUUCUUCACUGCCAGAAUCCCUUAGAUACAGAGGACCAUCGUUGGAUUCCCUCACCCUCUUUGAUGAAUUAAUAGGAGCAGACCGUCCAUUCACCACGAUGGAGACGGAACUAUGAUCCAGUAGUCAGACUCUAACAGCAACCAGUUCCUGUUGUGCCUUCUUUGCUAAACAGUUAACUCCAUAUCAGUUGUUCACACUGUAUAAAAAACAGAGAUAGAAUUUUAGGUUUUGAAAUUGUUGAUGGUGAUGUCCAGGAUACAUCUUGAGGAAGUCUAGAGGUUUUUAAUCCAAAGGGAAAUUUGACAUAUCUGUUAUGUCGAUAAACUUAUCUACCAUAUGGUGUGCUCGUACCUAUAGAGAAGGAAUACUUACACCUCUUCUUUUCAUAGCAUCAUUGUAUCUAAAGAGUUUACACAUAUAACUGUUUUGGCAUUGUUUCAUGGAUUUAUGAUCUGCAAACGGGUGAUAUACCCGAUAAUUUCUCGUCCUUGUUGUGUUUUCUGUCUUCCUGCAAUAGGUUUUCUCAUGAAUACGUAUUUAAAAGUCAGUGGUGAGUGAACAGAAUAUUAGCCAAUUUUUACCGUGUGAUGGUUUAUAUAGAUACAGGACA